UCGGUCUCUCGUCUCGCGAAUAUUCUUUCUUUCCAACAAAACCAAAACCUUUCGACUCAAUUCAAUUCAAUUCGAUUUCCCCAGCUGUCACUCUUUUUUUUUUUUUUUCAAACGACCUUUUUUUUUCUUCCUUCUUUCUAAUUCUCCUCUCGCGAUUUAGCUUUCAUCAAAUCAAAAAUCUCUAAUCUUUCGUUUUGUUUCUGUUUAAUUCCCAUCUAAAAAGCUUCGUCCUUUAACCGCCCUCUCUGUAUCGCGAUGGAAGAAGAUAGAGAGGCACGUUCAGGAACUCGUGAGGUUAAUAAUGAGACCGCUCCGGAUUUGUUGAAGAAUACGCCUUCGAAUAUUGCGAGGUUGGAAGAUGUGAUUGAGCAAUGCUAUGGUAGACAAAAGUAUCUUGCUCAGACUACAAGUCCUUCUGAUGGGAGUGAUGUUCGUUGGUACUUUUGUAAGGUUCCUCUGGCUGAAAACGAAUUAGCUGCUUCAGUACCUCGCACUGACGUAGUUGGGAAGAGUGAGUAUUUCCGUUUUGGUAUGAGGGAUUCUCUUGCGAUUGAGGCUUCUUUCCUUCAGAGAGAAGAUGAGUUGUUGUCACUCUGGUGGGAAGAGUAUGCAGAAUGCAGUGAAGGCCCGAGACCACAAGUUAAUUCUAAAAAGAAAUCAGUUAAGCAGUCAACUGAAACUCCUUCUGAAGCUUCUGUGUCCUCUAGUCUAUAUGAAGUUGAAGAGGAGAGAGUUGGUGUACCUGUUAAGGGUGGGCUUUAUGAGGUGGACUUGGUGAGGAGGCAUUGUUUUCCUGUGUAUUGGAAUGGAGAUAAUCGGCGUGUGCUUAGAGGCCAUUGGUUUGCUCGUAAAGGUGGCUUAGACUGGCUUCCAAUUCCAGAAACUCUUUCUGAGCAGCUGGAGGUUGCAUAUCGUAACAAGGUUUGGCGCAGAAGAAGUUUUCAACCCUCUGGGCUUUUUGCAGCUCGUAUCGAUUUGCAAGGUUCCAGUCCGGGGCUCCAUGCUCUCUUUACUGGGGAGGAUGACACUUGGGAAGCGUGGCUUAAUGUUGAUCCUUCUGGGUUCUCUGGCAUUGUUGGAUAUACUGGGAAUGGUAUUAAGUUGAGACGUGGUUAUGCUGGCUCUUACUCUUCAAAACCUACGCAGGAAGAACAACGACAACAAAGGGAGGAAGAAAUGGAUGACUACUGUUCCCAAGUCCCUGUUCGGCAUCUAGUAUUUAUGGUUCAUGGUAUUGGUCAAAAAGUAGAAAAGUCCAAUCUUGUUGACGAUGUUGGAAACUUUCGUCAAAUCACAGCAGCUUUAGCGGAUCGUCAUCUAACCUCUCAUCAGCGCAGCACUCAACGAGUCCUCUUCAUCCCAUGCCAGUGGAGAAAGGGUCUAAAGCUAAGUGGUGAAGCUGCUGUUGAUAAAUGUACUUUAGACGGUGUACGGCGUUUGCGAGAGAUGCUGAGCGCAACUGUUCACGAUGUGUUAUACUACAUGAGCCCCAUUUAUUGUCAGGCUAUAAUUGAUUCGGUUUCAAAACAGUUGAACAGACUGUAUCUAAAAUUUUUGAAGCGGAAUCCUGACUACGUUGGAAAGAUUUCCAUUUAUGGACACUCUCUGGGGAGUGUUCUCUCCUAUGACAUCUUAUGUCAUCAGCACAAUUUGUCAUCCCCAUUCCCAAUGGAUUCAGUAUACAAGAAAUUUUUUCCAGAUGAAGAAUCUCCUCCAGUUCCAGCUAACGCUGACAAACCUUGUAGUUCACAUCCAUCAUCAAAUCAUGAGCUAGAGAAUUAUAACCAGUUGAAUAACACCGAGGCAAUCACUGGUCAAGAUGAUAAUAACAUGAUGGCUAAAGAAUCAAAGGUAUUGGAGCAUCACCAUGUCAUCCAGGAAGCUCCUUCGUUGAUCUCUGAUUCUGUUGUAGACAGCGUGGAUUUGGAAAGAAGAGGCAGCCAGGAGGACAACCAUCAUGAUUAUAGUGGUGCUCUUUCCUCACAGGAUGGACCAGAUGGAGCGGACUGUGAAACACCUAAUUCUUCAUCCUUUUAUCAAGAUCAAUUAUGUGAGAAAGAAAAUGGCAACUCUAAUAAUGAGGAGACUAUUAAGUUGUUACAAGAAGAGGUUAACUUAUUGAGGUCAAAAGUAGCACAACUGCAAUCAGAGAAUGCCAGAAUAAUGUCUGAUGAAAAAGCCAAGGCGCCAACUGAAGAUGCCAAGGCACCUACAAGCUUUACUCCUUUUAUCAAGUACCAAAAGCUUGAGUUCAAGGUUGACACUUUCUUUGCUGUUGGGUCUCCCCUUGGAGUUUUUCUCGCCCUUCGAAAUAUACGUCUUGGGAUAGGUAAGGGACAAGAUUACUGGGAAGAGGAGAAUGCUAUUGAAGAGAUGCCAGCUUGUCGUCGAAUGUUCAACAUUUUUCACCCCUAUGAUCCUGUUGCAUAUAGAUUGGAGCCACUUGUCUGCAAAGAGUACCUUCCCAAGAGACCUGUUAUUAUUCCGUACCACAGAGGUGGCAAGCGGUUGCAUGUUGGAUUGCAGGAUUUCAAAGAGGAUUUUGCAGCACGUUCACAGAGAGUAAUGAAUCAUUUUGAUUCAGUAAGGACAAGAGUUCUUACUAUAUGUCAAUCCAAAAGUGCGGAUAAACUAGACGAGAUAGAAGAAACUGAUGACGAAAAGGAUGGAAGGUCCUAUGGUUCCUUAAUGAUUGAGAGAUUAACUGGAACGCAAGACGGUCGAAUAGAUCACAUGCUCCAGGAAAAAACCUUCGAGCAUCCUUAUCUACAAGCUAUAGGAGCUCAUACAAACUAUUGGAGAGAUAAUGAUACUGCUCUGUUCAUAAUUAAACACUUGUAUCGCGAGCUACAAGAUGAACCAAACUCACCCACGGGAUCCAGUGAAGGAAAUGAUAGUCCAAAAGACUCUAGUAGACCUCAUAGCUGGAUAGACAGAAGUGAGAAUAAUUAUGAUGAUGAAGAGCUUCCUUUAACAUUCUCCGACAAACAAAUCGUUAGAAGCUUCUCCGCAGAAGCCAAGAAAUAUAUAAAGAAGCCUUAAAGACUUUUGACCAUAGGUUUGAGUAUCUGAAAUCCGGCGAAAGCUCCCUGAUUUUGUUUUUGUUUCCUGUGCAGAAGUAACAUAUAGUUGCAUAAAAUGUGAAAAGGAAAAACACCUACAUGGUUUUGCCACAUUGUAACCAUAAUCCAUUGUAACUUUAAUUUCAUAGAUAAUAAAAGAAAACUAUGAAAGGCUU